AUGGUGUAUUUUUUCUUUCAGAUGGAUGAAUAUAUAGUGAUAAGGUAUCAUCAUGGGGGUGUGUUGAAGAGAGAUGAUAAAGGGGUCCUAACCUAUGUAAAUGGCAAAGUGGAUGACUUACCUGAGAUGGAUGCUGACUUCGUCAACCUGCGUGACCUUGAUACUCUGUUCAAGGGAUAUGGGUAUGAGAAAUGUGAUCAGAUGUUGUGGCUCAUGCAAAACGCAAUGGAUUUAGACAGUGGUUUAAGGCCUCUGAAUACAGACUCUGAUAUUGUGGAGAUGCUAAAGGCUGCAUUAAGUAAUGGGAACUUCAUUAAAAUAUAUUUUGAUCAUUGCAUUUCCAUCCCUGAUAUUAUUGCACUUGCACCCGUGGAAGGCAGUGAUGAGGACGAGGAUGAUAGUGGAGGUGGUAUUGAGGAUGAUAGUGGAGAUAGUGAUGAGGAUGAUAGUGGAGAUGGUGAUGAGUUUUCUACUGACUCAGAUGAUAGUGUGGAGAAUGAGCCAUAUAAACCUCCUCCACCUAUGUAUGAUACAGAAACAGAGAGUGAAGAGGAGUGCAAGGGGAAGGGUAAAGCUGCUGGAAAAAGAAAGCAAAAAAAAUAA